AUGUAUCCACAACACACAAGCUGCGAAAUUGAAAGACCAAAUCUUCUUUCUAGUGCGGAGUCUGUUUUCAAUGUUUUCCCUCGAUCAUCUGUCCUCUCUGAUGCCGGUAAUGUUCAAAAUAGACUGGAUCUCAGAAAAGGCAGUGCAGGAACGUUUGUGGAAAAGGAUCCGGGUAUUCAACAGCUGUCUAAAUGGUUAGGGAAGUCGCCAAUAUUAGAUGGGAUGGGGCUCGAGGUUGCUUCUCUUAAUUCGACGCCUUCUGUUAACGCCAUACCCUAUCAUAAAGAACGAUUGGCGGGAUUAAGUUACCUUCCAGAGCAGUAUACUCUUAUGUCUUAUAAGAAAGGCAGCAAUUUUACUUUAAUGGUUGCAGGGAUGGUUGGUACAGGUAAAACAACUUUUAUCAAUACCUUGUUUCGUUCAAACUUGAUAAAUACUUCGACAGAAAUUCCGAAAGCAACCAGUAAUAUCACUUUGCACAAAUAUGAAUUGGUAGAAGAAGGUUUCAAGCUUCGAUUAACUCUAGUUGAUACACCUGGUAUUGGAAAUCUAAUCGAUAAUAACUUUGCCUGGUAUCCUGCCACUAAAUUUAUCGAUGAUCAGUUUACAAGUUACAUGUUUCAGUCGAAAGAGCCCGAUAGAAGCAAAAUUAAGGACAACAGGGUGCAUUGUUGUCUCUAUUUUCUCAACCCCAGUGGAAGUAAAUUGAAGCCUUUAGAUAUUGAUACAAUGAGGGCCUUAUCUAAAAGGGUAAAUUUAAUACCUGUCAUUGGCAAAAGUGAUACGUUUUCAUCAGAAGAAUUGAUCAAAUUUAAAAAUGAAGUCAGAAGAACAAUGAAAUUCAAUUCGAUUCCGAUUUGCGAUUUUCUUUUAGAUGAAGGCUUGUCUGAUAGAAUUGAAUCCGUAGCGCCUUUCGCAGUUGUAGGCUCAAACACAUACUACAGAAAUGGAAACAAUAAGUACGUUAGAGGUAGAAAGUAUAAAUGGGGGCUUGUGGAGGUAGAUAAUAGGAGCCAUUGCGACUUCGCUGAUCUCAGAAAUGUCUUAAUGGGAGAGAACUUAUUAGAUUUGAUUUUCUCUACGGAAACACAUUACGAAAAUUAUCGUGAACAUCUUUUAGCUCAUCGCUUGAAAUUAACAUAUGAAUAUGAACGGAGAUGCUUGGAAAAAUUACCCAAUGAUGGUAUUGAUCAAUAUUUCGCUUAUCACAAAAUAGGAUUCAAAGAAAUAAUGGAUUCUCUGGAGUGCUAUGACCCCGAAGUAAAACGAAGUGAGCUUCGUUCUAAAGAAGCUUUUAACCAAGUCAUAGCUCUCCAAGAAAGAAGGUUCAAAGAAUGGAAAAUGGCCUUAGUUGAUAAACAGAACUUUUUUAACGAUGAUAUUGAGAAAUAUCACAAAAAGGUGCUUGAGCUUCAAAAAGCUGUCAAUACCUUAGAAAAAGAUAAGAUCACAAAUGAAUCUGAAUCCCCAAGCAGCAUAGAAAAAGAUCUUACAAUCUUUACUCCAAUUGAGCCCCAAAGCUCGCAAAACUCGGUGCUUGAAUUCAAUUAG